AUGGAUACUGCUCAGGGCAAUCGCAUCUGGCAAGACAGCUACCAUGAGCCGCUACGGCUUCGUCCAUCGCUGCCCCGGAAAUCCUCCGUUCUGGACACUCCUUCGUUACCUUCCACCCCUCUUGAUGGCGCCAUGCUAAAGCCGGGAUAUCCGGGAGCGUUGUCGCUACACCAUUACCGCAAACAUCUCUCCCAAGACGACGGCUUCAUCGCCCUUAACCGCAAUGAGCGGCAGAUUCUGAGACGCAAGAAUGCUGCGCACAAUCUGAAUCAGAGUCAGAUGAGCCUGACCCCGCCAUUGUGCUCAUUCUCCGUCUCCUCUGCGGCGUCGAGCCCACCCCCGCUGUCUCCGUCAUACUCGCCGAGCGCUGUAUCUCAGAGAAGUGAAUACGCGCCGGGAAGACUUGAUGACUAUCUUUUUCCAUUCCCAUCUAAAUUCUCGGGCAUAAACACGCCGGAGCCCAUGAUCCGUCCGACCCCACUGCAAAGCCCGCAUCAACUCUUGGACACUUUCCGAGCAAGGCUGGCCAAGUUCCCCGAGCCGCAGGAAGAGCCCUUCAUACCCAGACAUGCCAAAGCCCGCUCUGAUUCAAUGUUGCUGGAACUGCGAAAACCAGCCGCAACAGUGGAGCACCAGGGGGCGUCGUUCGAGAUCCUCAAUCCGCACGACUCCCUCAAAUUCGCCCGCAUAGUCUCCUACAUCGAGGACGUGGAUAACUCCUCGCUGCGGGAAUCGUUCACUUCGACAGAUGCGCGCAGCGGAACCCUGAUCUUGGAGCACGAUGGGCCCGUUGAUAAGAGCUUUGAUCAUUAUAUCCCUGACGAGGAGGAGCAGAAAGUCCGCGAUGAACUCGUCGGGGAUUCACCCCACCAGCCCAUGCCGUCCAUCUCGGAGCGCCUGGAACGGACAGAGUCCGAUGUCUUCCAGGCCCAGAACUGGAGUUCAACUGCGCAGUCUAGGCCGGUGACAGGCCAUUCCUGUGAGAGUGAACUGGGGGAACCGGGGUCUUCUGUUUUCGUUUCCUAUGAUGACAGCGGCUGGAUGGGCACCAUGGAAGAUAUUCUCCAGACCAAGUAUAAUGAUGAAAUGCAGCGGCGCAGAUCACUAAGGAGGUCUUUUUCAGGUCGCAAAAAGAAGGGGAGGAUUACUUCGUUCAAAGGCUUCCGCCGAUUACGUGGAUUGGCUCGACGUCUCUUCCGGUGA